AACCCAAAAACAAACAAGGUACGGAAGUCAUCACUCCUCCAAUUAGAAAUAGCCACGUAAGCAUUAGCCCGCGGAAAACAGACCAUAUGAGUCACACGUGAUGUUUUUCAUUCAUUCCUUCUCUCAAUUGCCUCGAACACGGAUUUGCUGCGUUUUAUGACUGAGUCGCUCUUUUUUUUUUUUUUUCUUAAUUAAUUUGUUUGUUUUCUUGGAGGGUUUCUUUCUUUGCUGUCUUUGAUUCUUUUUUUAAUGUUCUCUACGUUUCCGAUGCCUUAUUUAGAAGACAUAUACGCUUCUAUCUACGUAUAUAUAUAAAAAUAGCUAAAACAUCUAAAAGAAUUAAACACAAAAAAGGAGAAAACCCCCAAAACAAAAGAAGAGGAAUAAAUUCUGAAACCUAUGGCAAAGAAGGUGAGGAAGCUUCACGUAACGGUGAAGCCGGUGAGGCUUGAAGGUUUACCGUCUAUUCCCGGUGAUCAUGAAACGGCGGCAAAGAAUCUUUCUACGAUGGUGGAGGUGAAAUGGAAAGGACCGGUCUCCGGUUUCGGAUUAGGACUCGUCCCUUUUUACCGGUCUAAUCGACCGGUUAACCAUACGAGCUCUAAGCCGAUUGCUUUAGGCGUAAGCCAUGUAGAAUGGGAGGAAGAGUUCGAACGCGUUUGUUGCAUCGUUGGCCCAUGGAACAUUUCCUUCAAUGUCUUCUACGGAGAGACAAUGGAUGCGAAAAGCAAGAAGUCUUUGGUCGGAAAGGCGUCGUUGGAUUUGUCGGCGUUAGCGUCGAAGCUUGAAUCGACGGUGGGGAAAAAGCUUCUAGUUCGGUCAAAAGGUUCCGUGCUUUCGAAGGAAGCAACACUUGUGGUCAACGUGACUUUUUCCGAGGUAAGAACCGAACCAGACGACUUUAUACAACUUGGUCAGGUCUCCGUUGACUCAGCAAUUCCGACAAAGAUGUCAAGUCGUCGCGGCGGUGUAAGAGAUUUUGAUUCGUCUUCAUCUCCAGCCACCGCGCCGAGUUCAGGUGGACGUAGUCCAAUUGUGGAAAUCGGGUCAUCUUCAAGCCCGGAUGAGAACCAGUCUGAACCGGGUCAAAAAGCCGUGUUUAAUUGGUGGAAGAGAAGACGGUUAAGCUUUUCUGUGACAUGGAGAAGAGAACCGAGAGAGGAUGAACUUACAAAGAUAUCAACGGCGGAACAAGAAAAGCCGGCGGCGACGGCAGAGACUGAUUCAUCAAUCGAGGCAAACAAAUGGGUGGUGAAGGAUAUAGUGAGCCGCGAUGGCAAAUCGAAGCUAAAAUCGGAAGUUUACACUGCGUCGAUUGAUCAGAGAAGCGAACAAGCCGCCGGAGAAGCAGCUUGUGCGGCGGUUGCGGUGGUGGUUGCUCAUUGGUUCCACGCGAAUCCUAAACUUAUCAACCCUUCAGGAACAGAGUUUGAUUCGUUGAUCACGCAAGGCUCUUCUUUAUGGCAAUCACUUUGCGACAACGAAUCGUAUCUAAGAUUGUUUCCGAACAAGCAUUUCGAUCUAGAGACCAUCGUUUCCGCGAACUUACGACCGGUUAGGGUUUGUACUGAUAAAUCAUUUACCGGGUUGUUCAGCCGGGAGAGAUUUGCUUCGUUAGAUGGUCUCAUGUCGUUUGAUCAGAUUUGGGAUGAGGUGGAGAAAGAGGUUGCGUUAGCCUCAAGUAAUGGUGAAACUAGGGUUUAUAUUGUGAGCUGGAACGAUCAUUUCUUCGUGGUGAAGGCAGAUUUAGAUGGUUAUUGCGUAAUCGAUUCGUUAGGGGAGAGAUUGUUUGAAGGUUGCAAGCAAGCUUACAUUCUAAAGUUUGAUGAUUCGAGUUUGAUGUAUGAGAAAGAGGUGUCGUCGGAGAAGUUGGUUUGUGAGGGUAAAAAGUGUUGUAGAGAGUAUAUAAAGAGGUUUCUUGCGGCGAUCCCGGUGGCGGAGUUGGCGGCUAAAGAGGAGAAAGGGAAUGUAGUGGAUGUGUCUCUUCUUCAUGAGAAACUUCAGAUUGAUUUGCAUCAUAUUAUGUUGACUAGCUAGUGCUGAUUAGAGUUUUGUUUUCUGACUAUUGAUUGAUGACUCGUUAGAGUAUAGAGUUGUUAGGAUUGUGAGAUAGAGAGAGAGUUUAUUUGUGCAUAUGGUUCGCUAAAAUAGUUACCUUGAUGAGACAAUGUGUUGGGAAAAGUCAAGAAAAAGGUUUUUAUUUGUCCUGGCUUUGGUACGUUGUUUAAGAAAGUGACAAAUGGGUUUUUCACCAAAUGACUAUAUAUAUAUACGUAUAGUACACUA